CCUGGAACUCCAAAAAUGUACAAACAAACAAACUUAGCAAUCCAAAGAUACAACCAAAGAAAAACACACUCAUUGCGUAGUCAACCUUUCUUGUCUUAUAAUUAUAUGGCCUUGGCGAUGAUCCCAUGAACAAGAUGAUAUCCUUUCAAGUUUCAAUCCUAUUAACACCAUCAUAAAGUUUUAGUCAUGGCUCGGCACAGCCACCACAAUACCCCGGCCAGUCUUUCUCCGAUGAGGUCUCGGCAUGCAUCUCCAAUGAGGUCAUUCGACCAAUCUGAAUUUUCAUGGCAGGUUGAGCCAACCGGUUGGCGGGAAGCUGGUGGUUUUGCGGCUGCUCUUAGUCCCUGGACUCCGACACCAUCUCGAACUCCGGCCGUUUUCACUAGUGGCUCUGCAAGAGAUUUCUACCUCUCCGGCACUUCUGAUAGGCCAGCCGCCGCCGAUGGUAGGCUGGAACUUAAUAGUUACAUUGCCAGAGCUCCUCUGCAUUCACAGGAUAACUUCUAUUCAGUUGAGGCUAGUGUUUCUUCAAUCUUCCCUACUGUGUUUGGUGGUCGACGACGAGGGAGGCCGAGACCUCCUCCUCCUCGUCAUCGUCGACAUCAUGCCAACACUGACUCCAACAUGUCAUUGGCUAGCAAAGAUGAGCUGAGUUUCAUUGAAUAUAGUGUUGCAGAGCCUAGCUAUGCAGUGCCACAGUCCACUCACCGGAACUUAAUAGAUCCUGCCGCCGGUGGUCACCGGCGUUAUCUCCGGCAGUAUGACAACGUAUCAUUAUCUCAUGACUACAUCGUUGAAACUCCAGGGAGUCAUGUGAGCCCGAAGAUGGACGAAGAGUACUAUGAAGAUGAGGAGAUGAUGCAGCAUGGCAUGCUUGUACGUGGGCAUGGUCACCAUGCAGAUGAGCAUGUACGUUAUCACGUAGAUGGUGAGUAUUAUGGAGAUGAGGGUGGUGAUUAUCAUCAUGGUGAUGAUAGCUAUGAUGAUGAUGAUGAUGAUGAUGAUGAUGAUGAUGAUGAGGUUAAGGGACCGAAACCAGUUGGUUUGUUUAGUUUAUUCAAGUAUUCAAGCAAGUGGGACAUGGUGCUUGUUGUGCUUGGUUGUAUUGGAGCUUUGAUUAAUGGAGGUUCUUUGCCUUGGUACUCUUAUCUUUUUGGUGAUUUUGUUAACAAGAUUGCUCUGGACUCUGUGACUGAUAAAGUCAAGAUGAUGGAAGACGUCAAAAAGGUAUGUCUUUACAUGGUUUGGUUAGCGGCUAUAGUUGUGGUUGGAGCUUACAUGCAGAUAACUUGUUGGAGAAUAGUGGGGGAGAGAUCAUCACAAAGGAUUAGGACGGAAUACUUGAGAGCCAUAUUAAGGCAAGACAUUGGAUUCUUUGACACUGAGGUUACCACUGGAGAUAUAAUGCAUGGGAUUUCUAGUGAUGUUGCUCAGAUCCAAGAGGUUAUGGGAGAAAAGAUGGCACACUUUGUUCAUCACAUUUGCACAUUCAUAUGCGGAUACGUGGUAGGAUUCAUCAAAGCAUGGAAAGUGGCUCUAGUCGUCUUCACCGUCAUCCCCCUCAUGAUGUUCUGUGGCAUUGCAUACAAGGCCGUCUAUGUUGGUCUCACCUCAAAAGAAGAGGUAUCAUACCGUAAAGCAGGGAACAUAGCACAACAAGCAAUAAGCUGUAUACGUACUGUGUUCUCUUUUGUGAUGGAGGGUAAGUUGGCAGACAAGUAUGCUGAAUGGCUUGAAGAAUCAUCUCCCAUUGGAGUUAAGAUAGGGUUUGCUAAGGGUGCUGGUAUGGGUGUUAUUUACUUGGUCACAUACUCUCAAUGGGCUCUUGCCUUUUGGUAUGGUUCUCUUCUUGUUGCUAGGGGUGAGAUUUCUGGUGGUGCUGCCAUUGCUUGCUUCUUCGGCGUCAAUGUCGGCGGAAGGGGUUUGGCUUUGUCACUGUCAUACUUUGCGCAAUUCGCUCAAGGCACGGUGGCGGCGAGCCGGGUGUUUGAGAUCAUCGAUCGACUGCCAGUGAUCGAUCCUUACAAUGACGAUGGUCGAACAUUGUCACGAGUUCGAGGAUACAUUGAGUUUAAAGGUGUUAACUUUGCAUAUCCCUCAAGGCCUGAUGCAGUGAUAUUCCGUGCAUUUGAUCUUACUAUACCUGCUUCAAAAACACUAGCUCUUGUUGGUGCUAGUGGUGGUGGCAAGUCCACCAUCUUUGCUCUCAUUGAGAGGUUCUAUGACCCAAAUGAAGGUUUCAUAUGUUUGGAUGGACAUGACAUAAGAACACUGAGUGUGAAGUGGUUGAGAGAACAAAUAGGUAUGUUAGGGCAAGAACCAGCCCUGUUUUCCACAUCCAUAAUUGAGAAUGUGAUGAUGGGGAAGCUGAAUGCUUCAAGGAAGGAAGCCAUUGCUGCUUGCCAUGCAGCCAAUGCACAUAACUUCAUCUCUUCCCUCCCAAGCGGCUAUGAUACAAUGGUUGGUGACCGAGGAACUCAACUCUCCGGCGGGCAAAAGCAGCGCAUUGCGCUCGCCCGAGCUAUAAUCAAAAAGCCAAAAAUCCUCCUCCUCGACGAGCCAACGAGUGCGCUUGACCCCGAAUCAGAAACCAUCGUCCAACAAGCCAUAGACACAAUCUCCGCCGGCCGGACCACCAUCGUCAUUGCUCACCGUCUGGCCACUGUCCGCAAUGCUGACUCUAUCAUUGUCCUCGACCGCGGCACCGUCAUCGAAUCCGGCACCCAUGACCGGCUCAUGUCACUCGACGGCAUUUACACUAACCUCAUCAAACUUGCCUCCCAUGCCAACAUCUCCAUCACGGCUGCCGCCACCGCCACCUCCCCAAUCUCCCAAGUCAACUCUCCCCUAGUUCGAAAAGUCAACUUUGACUUGUCAACCUACUCAGUCAACGACCCUUCCCAAUUGAAAUCCAUGGUACAAGGACAAGUUGACCAGGUUGACAACGUUGACUUACCUCCAAAACAAUCAAAGAAGCUCCACACUUCAGAGAUAUGGAAACUCCAAAGACCAGAGAUCCCACUCUUACUUAUUGGCUUCCUUCUGGGCAUGAAUGCUGGUGCAAUACUAUCAAUCUUUCCACUCAUUUUAGGCCAAGCUCUUCAAAUCUACUUCACUGAAAGUGAUAAUUCAAGUAAAAUGAAGAGAGACGUGGGGUACUUAGCACUAGCACUUGUAGGACUUGGCUUUGGUUGCAUUGUCUCCAUGACAGGCCAACAAGGCUUCUGUGGCUGGGCAGGCACACGUCUAACAAAGCGAGUCAGAGACCUCCUUUUCCGGGCAAUUCUCCGGCAAGAACCCGGUUGGUUCGACAAAGAAGAAAACUCAACCGGCAUAUUAAUAUCAAGGCUCUCCAUUGAUUGCAUGGCUUUUCGGUCAGCGCUCGGAGACCGGUAUUCUGUGAUCUUGAUGGGGCUGAGCUCGGCUGCAGUCGGUCUAACUGUUUCAUUUCUUUUGGACUGGAGGUUGACGUUGGUGGCCAUGGCUGUCAUGCCUUUCACUCUUGGUGCAAGCUACUUCAGUUUGAUCAUCAACGUAGGACCAAGGUUGAACAAUGGAGCUUAUGAGCAAGCUAGCAGUAUUGCUUCUGGGGCUCUCUCUAAUAUAAGGACAGUGACUACGUUCUCAGCUCAAGAAUAUAUAGUAAUGAGCUUCAACAAGGCCUUGGCUGAGCCCAUGAAUAAAUCUAUGAGCAGAGCCCAAGUCACUGGAUUGGCCCAUGGCCUUUGUCAAGGUGCCAUGUACGCUUCUUAUACGGUAACCUUGUAUGUUGGUUCUUUGUUGAUCAAGAAAGGGUAUUCUAGCUUUGGAGAUGUGUACAAGAUUUUCUUGAUACUAGUUUUGGGCUCAUUUUCGGUGGGGCAGUUGGCGGGUUUGGCACCGGAUACUUCUGCUGCUCCGGCGGCAAUUCAGGCAGUGUUAAGGAUACUAGGCCGGAGGCCUAAGAUAGUGUGGGAUCGAGCAAUGCCGAAGAAAAUUGAGCCAUUGAGAAUGUUGGAUGUUGAGUUAAAGAAUGUCGUAUUUUCUUAUCCUGCUAGGCCUGGCUUGCCUGUGUUAAUUGACUUCUCAGUUAGAGUUAAGGGUGGGAGUAAGUUGGCGAUCGUCGGAGCAAGCGGUAGUGGGAAGUCUACUGUGAUAUGGCUGGUGCAGCGGUUCUAUGAUCCAGACAGCGGCAGGGUGAUGGUUGGAGGUGUUGAUGUUCGAGACAUGGAUGUUAAAUGGUUAAGGCGUGAAUGCGCCUUAGUAGGCCAAGAACCGGCACUUUUUGCCGGGUCUAUUCGGGAGAACAUUGGGUUUGGAAACCCAAAAGCUUCAUGGGCAGAGAUCGAAGAAGCUGCUAAGCAGGCAUUCAUACACAAGUUCAUCAGUGGACUACCUCAAGGAUACGAAACUCAGGUUGGGGAGAGCGGAGUGCAGCUAUCGGGCGGCCAGAAACAGAGGAUCGCGAUCGCAAGAGCCAUUCUCAAAGCAUCAAGAAUACUGCUGCUGGAUGAGGCUAGCAGUGCACUGGACCUGGAGUCAGAGAAGCAUGUUCAGGAGGCAUUGAAGAAGGCAUCUAAAAGAGCUACAACUAUUGUAGUUGCUCACCGGCUAGCAACGAUCCGGGAGGCAGAUCGCAUUGCUGUUGUCAAGGAUGGUAAGGUGGCUGAGUACGGGAGCCAUGACUCACUGCUUGCUAACCAGAUAAAUGGUACCUAUGGUGCUAUGGUCCGAGCUGAAAUGGAGGCACAAGCACUGAAUUGAUGAAAAUACAACAAAGAGAAUGUAGGAAAACAUCUGCAUUGUUUUAUUUGUGAAAUGGAACAUAAAAUUGAGAAAAGAUUGCUUGUUGUUGUUGUAAGGUUUACCUUCACUUCAAUCAGUCUUUCAAGUAUAUGCAUAU